CCACCGCCCGUGUCGUCCUCGUCCUCGUCCUUGUCGAGCAACCGCCCGCGAGCAGUGCCAAGCGAACGCUACCUUCGUCGCUCACACGCUCGCUUAAGAGAGCAGCGAUCCACCGACAUGGACUUGACCACCGAUAUGUUCGAACCUCUGAAUGAUGACUCUCCUCGACACGACUCCGCCGCCGCCGCCGGACCCAGCUUCCGCCCCUCGCGAAGCCCGCUCCCGGAACUAGACACAUCACGGAGAACGAAGAGGAGGAAGCUCGACCAUGACCCCCUCAGAGGACCCUACGAUGGGUUCAGGUACGGCUACAAGGGCCAGGUGGUCGCCGGUCGCCUCAAGAUGGAGAUCGUAAGCUGUGACGGCGGAGAAUAUGGCAAGGCGAACCAGUCGGGCCUCUACAACAUCCACAACGUCCUCAAGAACGACAAGAGUGUGUACUGUAGCGAGAGGUCGCGAUGCAACCUUCUGCUCAAACACAUUGGCGAUAUGCCGUUCACGUUGGAGAAAGUCGUCAUACGUGCUCCGGACCGUGGCUUCACCGCUCCUGUGCAAGAAGGCCUGAUAUUCGUUGCAAUGUCUUCGGACGACCUAAUCUCCGGAACGUCGCGAUACCAGAUAGAAUAUGAAGCCGCCUCAUCGCGAGCGUCGCCAGCGCCGAGCUCUCAUCAGGACCAGCAGUUAUCCUUCCGUGAAGCUAUCGAGGAUCCGUAUAUCUGGGAGAACUCUCGACAUAGCCUGCAAGAAGCCAUGGAGGAACAGAUCGAGCGCCUACGUCUUCGUGGCCGCCGUGCUCCUUCUGGCACACUGGAAGCCAACCGCGCGCGCCGCCGACGAGAACGCAGAAGCCUUGGCCAGGAGGACCAAGAAAUGUAUCCCGAUAAUUGCGAUUAUCCGCCGGAGGACUUUGGCCCUGGUCCCGGUAUCUCUGCGCCCACUCCACCUCCCUUCACCAUCACUACGGAAAGCGACGAGGAGGAGUCGGACUCGACGCCUGAGCAGCCGAGUCCCGCCAUCAUGGCCGACCGCCUUCGCCGCGAGAGUCGUUGGCGGGCCGAGAGCGACGAGUCCGAGGAUGAUCUUCUGUAUCGAUUUCCGCCUCCGCGUCGCUCAUACGCUUUGGAGAUACAGGAGCAGAUGGGUGAGCGUCGUCGGCGACCUGAUCGUGCUUUGGAGCCUUUGCGCGCUACCCGGCUACGAACACCGAGCCGAAUCGAGCCAAAGGAGACUCACAUCGCGUCCGAGGGCCUGAUUUCUCCUUCUGCACGGUUCUUCAUUGCCAAGCAUAAGAACAAGAUCACCAUCAAAUUCCAUCCUGCAGUGUCCGGUAAAUUCGUGCUACUUAAACUAUGGAGUCCCACCCACGAUGGCAACAUUGAUAUUGAGACCGUCCAAUUCUACGGCUACUCUGGGCCCCGCUUCUUCCCGUCGUAUCAGCCUUGCUAG